UGAAUGCUAUUCUGGUACUUGGGUACUGGGACACGAUAGCACAAGCGAAAAAGAAGAUUCUGGGCGUUGUCCCAGACUCCCAACGUCCACGCCAAAAAUCCAGAAACGAUUACAUUUUCAUGCCUUAAAUUAAUCAUUUUUUAACUUCAAUUCUCUGUUUUGUUGGACUCGCUGGCCAUGGGGCUGAGAUCCGACGGUAAAAAGUUCUCUUUCGAUAUUCUUGGUACAAGCAGAUUACUCGAGGAAGACGAUGCCCUGACCAACCGUCCGAUCUCCGAUCCAUCUCACAACUACGCCGUCCAAUUGGAAACCACUUCAGCUUCUACACAUGAGAAGCCUAAAUGCAAGAAACGGAAACACAAAAAAGGCACCAAGAGAAAGAAAACGAUCGAGUCCUCCAUUCCGGAUGAUACAAUCACCCAAACGAUCCCUGAUCCCGAUUCCAUUUUCGAUCAUUACAAAAAUACCGGCAGGCUUCCGGAAAAUGGGGAGAGUAGCUGUACCUAUUAUGCCAAUGGAUUUGAAUGGAACUGUAAGAGCUAUAGCGCCGGGACCAUUGUGUGCGAGGAGAAUAUGAUUCCGGAGGAGAGCGGAGGGAGCCUCUGCACGGUGACGCAAGUUAUGGAGCCGGAGUUCCCGAAUGUGCGUGGCGAGGGAUUCAAUUUCGGGGAGCUGAGGCAGAGGAGUGUGGGCGGGGCCGCAGAUGACGCCGCGGCGUCGCAGGUUGAAGAAAAUGCCAGCGAGAAAGGCAUUGAAGUGAGCUCGGCGGCCCUGAAGCAACCGAGCGAGCCUAAUGGGGCCGUGUUGCCCAAGAGGUUAGACACUGCUGAGUCCUUGGAUUGGAAGCGGCUCAUGGCCGAGGAUCCCAAUUUUACAUUUUCGGUGGAGAAGUCGCCGGUCAAGUACUUCCUUGAAGAAAUGUACAACGGCAAUUCAUUACGGAGCACAACCACCCUGGGUAACGAGAAAGAACGAGAGAGAGUUUACGAUACCAUCUUCCGUCUGCCAUGGAGAUGUGAAUUGCUCAUAGAUGUUGGCUUCUUCGUCUGCUUCGAUUCGUUUCUAUCACUGUUAACUGUCAUGCCAACAAGAAUUCUGAUUACCUUAUGGAGGCUUCUGUGUACAAGGCAGUUCAAGAUGCCGUCUGCAGCAGAACUGUCUGAUUUUGGCUGUUUACUUAUAAUGGCCUGUGGAGUCACUCUUUUGCAGCAAACAGAUAUCAGUUUAAUUUACCAUAUGAUUCGUGGGCAAGGAACAAUCAAACUAUAUGUGGUGUACAAUGUGCUAGAGAUAUUUGAUAAACUAAGUCAAAAUUUCAAUGGAGAUGUAUUGCAAACUUUAUUUAAUUCAGCAGAUGGGCUAGCAAGUUGUCCACCAGAAAACAUGAGAUUCUGGUUGUGGAGAUUCCUUUUUGACCAAGCUUUAGCCACGGCUGCUUCAAUUGUUCAUUCUUUUAUCUUGUUAGCUCAGGCAAUUACUUUAUCCACCGUGAUUGUUGCUCACAAUAAUGCCUUGCUUGCGUUGUUGGUGUCCAAUAACUUUGCUGAGAUAAAAAGCAGCGUUUUUAAGCGUUUAAGUAAGGAUAAUAUUCACAGCCUGGUAUACUUUGAUUCAGUAGAGAGAUUUCACAUUACGGCAUUUAUGCUAUUCGUUUUAGCUCAAAAUAUUCUGGAGGCUGAAGGUCCCUGGUUUGAAAGUUUUGUUUAUAAUGCUCUCAUGGUCUUCAUUUGUGAAAUGGCUAUUGAUAUUAUCAAACAUUCCUUCAUUGCCAAAUUCAAUGACAUAAAGCCUAUUGCAUAUUCUGAGUUUCUUGAAGACCUAUGCAAGCAGACUUUGGAUAUAGAAAAUGAGGGUGCAAAGAAAAAUCUCACUUUUGUUCCUCUGGCACCAGCUUGUGUGGUUAUCCGGGUGUUGACUCCAGUCUAUGCUGCCUAUCUUCCCAAUGGUCCACUCCCGUGGAGGCUCUUUUGGAUUCUCCUGCUGUCUAUGAUGACAUAUAUUAUGCUCACAAGCCUAAAGGUGAUGAUUGGUAUGGGCCUUAAAAAAUACGCCACUUGGUAUGUGAAUAGAUGCCGAAAGAGAAAUCGCCAUCUCCAUUCUGAUUAGUUAUUGGCCCAAAAUAUACUAAUCUGCUCAGUCCUGCUGCUCUUGGACUCAACAAAAGAAAUGUUGGACGACCCCUUUGUGGACAAUCAGUUGGAUGCUCAACUAUUAGGAGAGAGAGAGAGAGAGAGAGAGUAAUAAACAUUCUGUUGUUUGAUAUUACGGUGGUUCACAGGGUACUUCCCUCCAAUUUUGUUACAGAGAAAGGUUGCUUGCUGUUUCUGGAACGCGACCGUGUAUAUAAGUAUAAAAGGCUGCAGUAUUGCCGAAUUGAUCAGAUAAGAUGCCCACUUUUUGGUGUGGUUAUAUAUGGUAGUGAAGCUAUUCGAUAA